AUGGCGGAGGUGAUCACCAACGCCGUCAACCAGGGAACAGCAACUGCUUCCACAGUCAACCCGCCCACGGUCACCCUCAGAGCGCCUAGCUCGCUUUUCCACCACGAACUGGUGACAAAAGACUUUGCGCUUCUACAAUUCCACGCAGCUUCUGCUCUGCAGUUGCAGUUCGGCAUACAGCGUCAUGAACUGGCGGCAACUUCGGACGAUCGCUUGAUUGCGUCGCCCUACAAUGAACCCUUGAAUCUGCUGGACUUGAAGCGUCUUGAGACACCUUAUCAGCUAUUUGCAAAAGCAUUGACUAUUUUCAAGCCAAUCCGAGAUGACUAUGCUGUUGCUCCCUAUAUCGAGUCUUUCAACUGGCAAGCCGUUGUUGAUUUCCUGCGUGAUCUCUCCAUCGCCGAAGGCCACCAGUGGAAAAGAACCCAAUUCUAUGUCGUUUCCUUUCGUUCUCAGCUGAAACCUGAUAUCGACUACCAACGAUUGCAUGAUCUCGACUAUCAUUCGCAUCAAGAAGCCAUGGCCAGUGGCGGCUUGCUGAAAUACUGGUUCGGUGCCAAAGACGAGAAGCACCAGAACUUGGCAACCUGCAUUUGGAGGAAUAGAGAAGAUGCGAGAGCAGGAGGCACUGGGCCGUGGCAUAAACAGGCUCGAGCUGCAGCUUCAGUAAUGUACGAACAUAUUGUCUUCAAGACAAUGGAGUUGGUCAUCGACGAUGACGCAUCCUCAUGGGAAAUCACCGACUGGAAGAAUUAA